AUGUCGCUCAAGCCUAUCACUCUCUACGGCCAUGGAGGCGGUCCCAACCCCUGGAAGGUCGUCAUGACCUUGGAGGAGCUCAACAUUCCCUAUGUCUACAAGAUCGUCGAUUUCGCCGACAUCAAGAAAGAACCCUUUAUCAACGUCAACCCGAACGGCCGCGUCCCUGCUAUCGAAGACCCGAACACCGACAUGACUUUGUGGGAAUCGGGCGCCAUCCUCGAGUACCUGAUCGAGACCUACGACAAGGAACAUGUGAUUAGCUUUGACGCGGGCUCGAAGAACUAUUUCCUUGCCAAGCAAUGGCUACACUUCCAGAUGUCCGGCCAAGGCCCGUAUUUCGGUCAAGCCGUUUGGUUUACCCGCUAUCACCCUGAGAAUGUUGAAAGUGCGAAGGAACGCUAUGUUAAGGAAAUCCGCCGCGUUUCGGGAGUGCUGGACACGGCCCUGGCGGAUAAAGAAUACCUUGUGGGCAACAAGUUCAGUUUUGUCGACCUUGCCUUCAUCCCUUGGUUUAAAGUCACUGUGAUGUUCGGCAUCGACCUGGCUACGGAGUUUCCCAAUGUUGAUGCUUGGCUCAAUCGCCAGAAAGCCCGGCCUGCUGUCGCCAAGGCCCUGAAGAUGCAGGAGGAGGCCACCGCCGCUCACUAG